GUGGCUUCCCUGCCGCGGAGCCACAGACCAUACAUAGCGCAGCCCGAACAGCGUGCGAGCAGGGCCUCCUCCUUAUAGUCCUACAUGCCACAACAGAGUGGUGUCACCCUGACCAGGGACAUCUCAAGCCAUAGCCUAAGCCAAGACUAGUGAGGGAGCCUGGGAUCCCGUGGCCCCUGUCUCCUGCCCCCUGAAGCUAAACCGGGCUCGCCUGACAAUCACCUGAGGUCACAGUAGCCAUCUGUCUGUGGUCAGAGGAAAGGGAGAGCCACCAAGACCUGCAAGGCACGGGGCUGCGGCCGAAGGUUCAGCAAAUCCAGGAUUGGGCCUGGGUCUCUUUGCUUGAAAUCGAUGCCGAAUUCCCUCGCUGGUGGCCAGUUCCCCAACCCCACUUUGGAUGCCAUUGACCUGGUGGACCGGAAUCUGAGAAAUGCAGGUAUCAGGCGCCCCUUGAACAGCUACACUAAGCAAAAUGAGGGUUCUCUAGCUGCCCGCUUGAAGAGUUCUUGGGUCUCCUCACACCCCUGGCCUGAGCCAGACUCACUGAAACUCUUCCCUUCGCUGCUUCUGGACCUCAUCCGUGGCCCCUUGUGCCCCAGCCCCUUCCUUCCACCUCUGGUUUCCUUUGGUCCUCCUCCUUGGAGAGGGGUUCUACAAACAGCCCUGCCUGACUUGACCCCUGCAGGGACCUCCAGUUCUAUCCCAGGCUUGGAGGAGGGAGGCACAGACCCCUGGGCCUUCCCUCAGCAGAAGAACGCUGACAAACUGAAAGAGGUCAGCACAGCCAGCAGGCUUCACGGGGUGGUCAUCGGCUUCCUCAAGGCGUGUGGACUCCUGGGAAACCUCUACUUCUUCAUCUGCUCCCUGGACAUCCUUGGCUCCGCCUUCCAGCUGCUAGGCAGCAGAAUGGCCGGAGACAUUUUCAAGGACAAUGUGGUGCUGUCCAACCCCGUGGCUGGCUUGGUCAUUGGUGUGCUGGUCACAGUCCUCGUACAGAGCUCCAGUACAUCUUCCUCUAUCGUGGUUAGCAUGGUGGCCUCUAAGUUGCUGACUGUCCAGAUGUCUGUGCCUAUCAUCAUGGGCGUCAACGUGGGCACUUCCAUCACCAGCACCCUGGUCUCGAUGGCGCAGUCAGGGGACCGGGAGGAGUUCCAGAGGGCUUUCAGCGGCUCGGCUGUGCAUGGCAUCUUCAACUGGCUCACAGUGUUGGUAUUGCUGCCACUGGAGAGCGCCACGGCAGCAUUAGAGAGGCUGAGUGGACUGGCCCUGGGUGCUGCUAGCCUCCAGCCAGGGAGGCAGGCCCCCGAUAUCCUCAAGGCACUGACGCAGCCUUUCACACACCUCAUCAUCCAGCUGGAUACCGGCAUGAUUACCAGCAGUGCUACGGGCAACACCACCAACGGCAGCCUGAUUAAACAAUGGUGUGACGUCCAGGGGAAACCACCGUCCCAGGGGAGCAACGAGGAGUGCGGCGGCUUCCACCCCUGCAGGGAGAAUGGCACAGCGGCUCCUGAGAACAGAGUGCCCUGCCAUCACCUGUUUGUGGGCACGGGGCUCACGGAUCUGGCCGUGGGCUUCAUCCUGCUGGCGGGCUCUCUGCUGGUGCUCUGUACCUGUCUGGUCCUCAUCGUUAAGCUGCUCAACUCUGUACUGCAGGGCCGCAUCGCCCAGGCUGUGAAAACGGUCAUCAAUGCGGAUUUCCCCUUCCCCUUUGGCUGGCUCAGCGGCUACUUGGCCGUCCUUGUUGGUGCAGGCUUAACUUUCUUGCUGCAAAGCAGCAGUGUAUUCACGGCCGCCAUCGUGCCUCUCAUGGGGGUUGGGAUAAUCAACCUGGAACGGGCCUACCCCCUCUUCGUGGGCUCCAACAUUGGCACCACCACCACAGCCCUGCUGGCGGCCCUGGCCAGCCCUGCAGACAUGCUGCUCUUCGCAGUCCAGGUUGCUCUCAUCCACUUCUUCUUCAACCUGGCUGGCAUACUGCUGUGGUACCUGGUGCCUGUCCUGAGACUACCCAUUCCACUGGCCAAGCGCUUUGGUGACCUGACUGCCCAGUACCGCUGGGUAGCCAUUGUCUACCUACUAUUCUCUUUCCUGCUGCUGCCCCUGGCAGCCUUCGGACUUUCCCUGGCAGGGGGCUCAGUGCUGGCUGCAGUGGGAGGCCCUCUGGUGGGGCUGGUGCUCCUUAUCGUGCUGAUUAAUGUCCUGCAGAAACACCGGCCAUCUUGGCUGCCUCCCUGUCUUCGAUCUUGGGCCUGGCUGCCUCUCUGGCUCCAUUCUCUGGAGCCUUGGGACCGCCUAGUGACUGGGUGCUGCCCCUGCAGUGCUUGCAGCAACUCCAAAAUGACCAGCAAAGUCGCUCACUGCUAUGAGAACCCAGAGGUCAUAGCUUCCCAACAGUUGUGAAAAGUUGGGGCCGUGGACCAUCUCCCCAGCUCCACCAACUUCAGGGCACUGGAGGCUGGGGAGACUGCCUGCCGGUCUUCCUGGGGAGGAGGGGAAGGACUUCUCGUGGACUUCCUAGACUGCUGCGUGCCAUUCUCUGCAAAUAAACGGCGCUAGUACCAAGGAGUGUCGACCUUCUCUCCCAGAUAAGGCAGCCUGAGGACGUACCUAUCUCAAGGUGGACAAGCAGCGCCAUGCUGCCCCUAGCGGAGACUCGUGAUUAGGGUUCCCCUGAGGCCCCUGCUUGUUUAUUUCUGUGGUGGUUGGUGGCAGCCGGUUUACAGGCCUUCGGGCUGGGGGGCAAUGUCUGGGAAGGCUGGGCUGGGCAGAGAGCCCAAGUUCACGUCGAGAGGGGGACCUGAGAUCUGCCAGGCGUGGGUGGAGGGAGCUGCCAUAGAGUAUAUGACGGUUACCGAGUUGUUCAAGAGGAUAGGUUUGCGUCCUGCCGGCAAGCUCGGUCAGGCAUGGUCUCCUUAGCCACCAGGGGGCACCCUUCCUCCUGCCAGGAUCCUAAACAGCACCCUACCUCUGCUACCUUGGUGCCCAAACUUGUCCAGGAAACCUGCUAGGACUUGCUCAUCUAGGUGAAAGGAUAUAAGGGCUAGACACCAUUUUCUUCACCUGAGCGCCUAAGAAAGGCCCUGGGAGAGGAUGGUGAGGGCUCCUUCCCCCGGCCGUGCCUCCCGCGAGCGGUCUGGUUUUCUAACAGGAAAGCUUGUCCUACAGCCAAAAGGUAACUGGAUACCAGAGAAAAGGCAGAGGCCUCUUACCGUUUCCUGCAGCUUGAGGCUGCUCACCCCCGCCCACCGCACACGGUACUACCAAAAAAGCCACCCAAAACUCAGGCGCUAGGCUAUAGCCAUCAGACCCACAGAAGAGCUGACCCUGGGCUGGACAGGGAUACCUUCCGGUCUGUCCAUUACUGCUUUCGGGCAUGUCCAGCCUUUUGAUAUUGAGACACGAGAUUGUCAUCGGCAAAGCUCAUGAUCCGGAACUGUGCGAGUGAGUUACAACAAAGAAAAACCCUUGAGUCUUAAGCCCCCCAGGUUGAGCUGUCUACUGUGUAGCUACCUUUGCCCACAUGUGGCCCACAGAACAUACCUGUGUGAAUUUUCUUGGCCCAAACCCUUUCCCAGCACCCCUCCCCCACACCUCCAGA